GGAGGGAGGGAGCGCGAUCUGAUCAACAACAACACUGUUCUUCUCAGGAGCCGCGUUUACCGGAGCCAGCUCUUUCCCGCAGCCUCGGUGGAGGAGAAGAGGCAACGAGGACUUUCUGUCCGUCACCUGCACCACCGCGUCGUGUGCCGCCGCUCAUACAUCGGCGCUGGUGGAUGCCAUUGCGGAAGUAAGAGGCGGUUCGUCACGACCCGAGAGCUCGGUGCUGUGCGGACCUCUAGCGGCCGAUCGGGAGAAGUGCUCGAGAUGUACGGAGCGUCAGGUAUACCGGGGCUCAUCGCGCCCAGCGGGCCGCCCCGGCAGCCCGGUCCGGCGGGGCAGUACAGCCCGGGACACCCCCAGGUGAACGGCGGCGGCGGCAGGGGGGGCAACCCGCAGAGACUCGGACAGAGGGCGCCCAAACUCGGACAGAUUGGUCGAACCAAGAAAGUGGACUUGGAUGACGAAGACCUGGAUGACAUCAUGAACAACAACGGGCAGUGUCCCGUAUCCCUGUCGCCCAUCUCCUAAACUUCACAGAGAAGUGGCAACCCCCCAAAAACAACGAAAAAACGAGAAAUACCCCCAGGAAGCCCAAACUCCCCUUUCGGUGACCUCGGCCUCGACCCCGUCGUGCGUCCGACCGACACUUCCGACGGCUCAACAAACGCCUCAUUUAGCGGCGGCCUCGGCCUCGAUUGUACAUAGUGUUUAUUUAUCUUACCUUUUGGUGAAUGGAUGGCUUGUGUUGCAUCGCUCUCUGCUCGGCACCUCGGGAGGCCGUAAGAUUAUCAGGACUCGAGGGAAGGAAGUGUCUACAUUUUUUUCAGAGCUUCUUCACGAGGGCUACGUUUCUAAAGUUGCACUGAGCAAAUGGUCCGGCCGGACAGCAUCUUCUCACCCGCCUGUUUUCUGGUGAGGGAUCCUGAGUCCGUGGGUUUGGCCGCGUGAGGGAACACGGACGCGUUAAUGUCUAACACACGGGUGAAAUAUGAAGCUUUGGUUGCGCAGUGACGGACGCUCGAUAUUUACUGAACGAGAAAUAAAACUACUGCUAUUUAUUUAUCGUUUAAAAGGGGAAGAAGGAAAAAAAAAGGAAGACGCGUCGUUAUGGCUUCUUAAUGUUUUUUACUCGUUUCCGAAUGGAAAUCGCUUCAACCGAGAUUGAAUCGUGUUUUCAAAGCUGGUGCACUUUUGUGGGAAUGCCUGUUAUGUGCAGUGGCAUGUUCUAUGCAUGGAGUCUGUGAACGCAUCCACACACGUAGCUGCUCUCCUGUUAUUAAGGGCUAACGUAGAAGUAUUUCCAAACCGCACCGUUCACGCUCUUUUAGAUCACGCUGAGUCAACACUUUUUUUUCCGAAAAGCUCCUCGUUGGCAGACUCGGCAGUGAAAAGUCGUAAACAACAACAACAACAACACGGUUUCUGGAGGUUUUGUUAGAGGCGGACACGUACGGCUCCAGCACUUUGAAAAAUCGAUCGGCGAAUGCCAUUUGAUUGGAAUCGAUUGGCACACGAUGACGUCAUCGCGAGCUCCCUUACGCAACACCUGGCUGUCGUCAGAGCGUCUCUAAAGUAUAAUGUCAACCUUCACUUCACAGUUACGAGAUAAUGACAACAAGCAGCUCUCUGUGAUUAGUUCUCUCUGCUGAGACAAUCUUAACACGGAUCUUUUUUUUUUGGGACGGGGGGGUAAUUAUUAUUAUUAUUAUAAUUUUUGUAAGAUUGCGGUUGCACCUGAAAUGACACGCUACUGUCGGCAGAGGCUCACGCCGACCCCUCCUGCAUGGACACGGCCGACCUUUCAUCGUGCGCCUCUGGGGAGUUAAAGAUGAAUCUUCGUGGGAUUUUUUUGUUGUUUGGAUGCACUCGUUUCCAAAUCGUGUUCCUUAAAUAUUCAAGACGCAUUCACACGACUGUAAAAGGGAUAGGUCGGAUUUUAUUUUGAAGUGAGGUCGAAUUUAUGCAUAGUGACGGAGUUUGGAGAAACAGACGGAGUAGCGCCAAUGCGUUGCUGUGAUGCCUAAAAACAUCAAAAUCAGAUACAUGUCGAAUAUUUUCAGGUCACACUGACGGUGUCUAUGAAACCGUCACCGUCGUGUGAUGUGGCCGGAUUCAAAUUAAAGGCACAAUGUGGAGCGGUAAACAGCUGAAAGACACAUUUUACAACACACCCUGCUUUUAAUGAGAAUCUGUUUGAUAUGAUAUUAAAGAAAAUUAGUAUCUGCUUCCUCAUUCAUGAAUCCAAAAGCCCCCUCUCCAUGUGUGUUUUUCACAUCCCGCUCACAUUAUUACUUCAAAUUAUGCAUGAAUACGGAUUAUUGAUACUCAAAAUGUUCCUCCUUGAGCAGAUGAGUGACAACGACCCUCUUGUGUCCGACUAGUGUCCGCAGUACAAUAAGUAAAGGGCUUUCCCAGUGGAAAUAUUCUGUUCAUGAUGUGAUGAUCCUCAAAGGUGCUAAAUUAAAAUCUCACGAGCAUGUC